ACUAAUGACACCCAUGUUCACAUCUGUCUCUUGCUUCUCAAUUCUUCCGUGUUUUUCCUGCUUCUUAGUCUCUCUAUCUAACCAUUGAUCUUUGGCUCCAUCCAUAACCAGAAUUCAAUUUCACCUCUUUUGAAAGGCUUAACCUGCAUUUCACGAACCCAUUCUGAAGGCUCUUUCUAUCAUCCAAAAGCUCUGCAGAAAAGUUCAACAGCUUCCUCAACUGCAUUGUGUAUUCAUUUACAAUCACAUUGAUAUACAAAGAAAAAGAAGCUAACCCAGAUCAAGUUUUCAAAAUUUUUUUUGUUCCCUGGUGAGUAAACAAACAUGAAUCCUUAUGGCAGAGUUAAAGAAGAGUUUCCGGGAGAAAGCUCAUCAUAUGCUGGUAUGCCUUCCAUGGCUAACCCUCAACCAAUGAAAGGACUCCAUGAUGCAGGUCCUCCUCCUUUUCUCACAAAGACAUAUGAUAUUAUUGAUGAUACAAGCACCAAUCACAUCAUCUCUUGGAGUGGAGGCAACAAUAGUUUCGUUGUUUGGGAUCCCCAGGCAUUUUCAAUGAGUCUUUUGCCUACAUAUUUCAAGCACAACAAUUUCUCAAGCUUUGUCAGGCAGCUCAAUACCUAUGGGUUUAGAAAGGUUGAUCCAGAUAGAUGGGAGUUUGCCAAUGAAAAGUUUCUUAGAGGGCAAAGGCAUCUGCUUAAGAAUAUUAGGAGGAGAAAGACACAUCCAACUCAGGCUUCACAAUAUGCUUUAGAUCCUUGUGUUGAAGUUGGGAGGUUUGGACUUGAUGGAGAGGUUGAUCGGUUAAGGCGUGACAAGGAGGUUUUAAUGGUGGAAUUGGUGAAACUUAGACAGCAACAGCAGAACACUAGAACUUGCCUCCAAGUGAUGGAGGAAAGACUAAGGAAGACUGAGAUGAAGCAGCAACAAAUGAUGAACUUCUUGGCCAAAGCAAUGCAGAACCCGAACUUUGUUCAGCAACUAGUCCAACAGAAAGAUAUGAGAAAAGAGCUUGAGGAAGCAAUCACCAAGAAGAGAAGGCGGCGGAUUGAUCAAUGGUCCAGCAGUGUUGGAAAUAUUGAAUUAGGCCAGGGUGAGGGAGGAGGAACUUUUGUCAAGACUGAGGCUGAAGACUAUGAUGAUAUUGCUGAGUUUGAAGUUUCAGAGCUAGGCAAACUUGCUAUGGACAUGGGACUAACUGGGAGUGAAAACAACAUAGAGCUUGAGCAUAUAGAGGAAAGAGAAGAACGUGGAAGUAAAGAUAAAUAUCUUGAUAAGUGGUUUUGGGAUGAUUUGCUGAAUGAUGGAAUUGAGCAAGAAAUAUCAGUUUUGGAUGCUGAAGAUGAAGAUGGGGACGAUGUAGAUAUGUUGGUUGAGCAGCUGGGAUACUUGGGUUCUAGUCCCAAAUAGAGAAGAAGCUAAUUAUAUCGUUAAGUUUCAUAUCAAUGAGCUUAGUUAGACGCAGAUCCCCAGCUAUCUAACCGUUUCAUUUCUGCCUUCAUGACGGGUCACGGUGAUGCCAAAACCAAGUAAAACUUUCAGGUUUGUUUCUUGACAUUGACAAUAGAGAAUUAAUGCUGUAGAUUUACAAUAUUGAAAGAAUGUGCUCAGAAGAGAUCAGCAAGACUCGACCAAUGUGCAACUGGCAAAAUAUUUAGCUUAUAUGCUCUGGGAUAUUCAAACAAAGACAAGUUAAUUUACUAUUCUUGGUGUUGUUGUAGUGCUCAUUUCACCCCUUCAUGUGCUUUCUUAAAUCCAUUGUUUUUAAGCCAUUUUAGGCCAUUCUUGGAACUUGGGAAGACCCUCAUUGAUUAUAACAUCAUUCAACUUAAAAUUUUUA